CGCUCAAUAAAUACGACUGGAUGAGGGGAGGAGAUUCCGCAGGGGCGGCUCUGUGCGCCGAUCAGUGAAAGAUACAUUUCCAGGGCUACUUUGCGGAGAGAACAGGAGAAGGGGUUAACGCCGAUCCCUUAAAUUUUCCUUGCAAAUCCACGAAGCCAAUCCGUGCAAGCGGGGUUGGGAGGGAGAGGCCCCUCCUGCCCUGGGUGCGGAGUUCGGAAUGAUCCCGGGGGAUGGGGAAGGAGCGGGAAGGCCACUCAGGAAUCUCGGAGAAAGUCCAAGUCUGGGAUUGGUUAAUGAGUAACGUGGAUUUAGGCGCCAGGAAGGGGGCGCGUGAAUUUGAAACCGAAGUUGCUUCCAGCAGAAGAGGAAGAGGUCGGGGAAGAUGUCGGGCUGCAGGAGCUCGGUGUUGGAUGCCGCAGUCUUCCUGCACUGGAUCUUCCUCCUCCUGCUCCUCCUGGGACAGAGAACAGGUUCCUCAGGAUCAGUAAGGCACCAGCGGUCUAAGAUAGCUAAGACAGGAGACAGUGUCAUCCUGAAUUGUGAAUUAAGGGACCUGGCAGAAGUCCUACAAGUGACCUGGCAAAAGGUCCAGCACUCUUUGUUGGAAAACGUAGGCACCUACAGCAGGAAGUAUGGAGUAAAGAUCCUUCCACAGUUUGAGAGAAGAUUCUCUUGCAACAGUUCAGAGUUUAUGUCUUCGUGCUUGAUUAUUCGUGAUGUGACUUUGGAAGAUGAAGCCUGUUACAGAUGCAUCUUCAAUGUGUUUCCAGAUGGUUAUCAUAUGGGAGAGACUUGCCUUAUUGUUCACACUGUGUCUACCCUGAGCAUUGAACUGUCCUCCAAGCCCAGCCCUGAUGCUCCUCUCGAAGUGGUCUGCUCCAUGACUGGGAAACCAGCCCCUCAGAUCUCCUGCUACCCCCAGAGUGUCUUGCUUGGUCCUGCCAAGGAGCAUCACGUUCAGAAUCCAAACGGCACUGAACUGGUGACCAAACAGUACACCUUCUCUCUGGACGCUGUCCGGUCCUGGAAAAUCUGCUAUCUGGUCUGUGUCGCAGAUCACCCUGUGCGAAGGGCAGAGGAGAUCGUGGCCCUGCCCCAAGAAUUGGAACCUCUUGAUCUGCAUUGGAGGACAAUGGUGUUUCCUAUAAUAAGUGCAACUUUUGUUUUAAUUAUUGCCAUUGGCACCCUCGCCUAUAUUUUUAAGAGAAAGAAUAAGAAAAGGGCACCUAUUUCCAGUGUCCCCUGCACUCCAGUUGGGAAGAUGACUCUGACUGAACAUCUACGGAGCACGCCAAAGACGCCCAAGAACCAGAAUAUUUCCUUCUGCAGUGAGAAACAAAACCCAGGAAGUUCAGUCAGAAAGAGACCAAUGAAGGAGAACAGCAGAUUGAUACCAGAUGAUGGAAACAGCUCUGCAAGGAGAGAGAUCAUCCCAGUAGAAGAGGAUCAUGAUGUCGAUGGCUGUUUGAAUCAUUCAUUUGUUAUAAGCUGACUCCAGAGUAACUGAGAAUUCAUGAGAAAGCACAAGAGCAAAAGAUAGUCUACUGAUUGAUGAAGUGCGUCCUUCCUCUGGCCUGGAGCACCCUCCUGCUUCAUAUACAACACCACUUCCACCAAGAGGGCUUCCCCAAUUAAGCUCUCAUGUUCCUCACUCGCUCUCCCUUCUGAGUCACCUAUGCACUUUGAUCUGUACCAUUUAAGUAGUUGAUAUUCACAUCACCCUCAGUUUCAUAGCAGUUAUGAUGUACAUAUCUGUAAAUUAUUUUAAUGUCUGUCUCUCUGUAGACUGUAAACUUAUAGGCAGGAGACAAAUAUAUCAAUUCUGUUGAAGUGUACUUUCCCAAGAACUUAGUGUACAGUGAACAGUGUUUUGCACUCAAUAAAUAGCACUGAUUGAUUAAUUGUGAAGAAGAAUGUAAAGGAGUGAGUUGCUAGUCCUACCCGUGCUACUAAUAAGUUGACAAAAUAUUCACUGUUUACUGGUUUCUUUAAAGGUUUGAAGAACUUUGGCUAUAGGAGAACAAUGUUUGGGAGGCACUUGGAGUAUUGACAGGGAAAAAGAUUUGCUAAGGCAGGUUUUGGGCAAGUCCACCCCAGGGCCUCCAGGGUCCAAAGGUGCACUUGUUGUCUGUGGGGACAACAUACAUGUGAGGCAGAAGAGAUAGAGAGCUAUCAGUGUGAGUCUACACGGGGCUUAACCACUGGUUAGCUGAGCAAAGCUAAUGGGAGUUUGACUAAGAGUGGAAAUGAGACCACAUAGUUUGCGAUCACUCCAUUCCUAGAUCUGACUCAGUUCCAACUGGGGCCCAUUAGGGGAAGCCCUUUUCUGAGUGGAAGCAAAAUUGAGUGACAAGAGGGCAAAGAUCAGGUCUGGCAUCUAUUAUCUAAACUGCUUCAUCAUCACCAUCAUUAUAUUAUUUAGGAAACGCUGACUGUGUUCCAGGCACACUGGGGUAGAAAUAGUAACUGCAUCUGUUGACUGCACAAAAUACUAAGUGCUUAAAAAAUACCAAAUGUAGAAAUUAUAUAUUCCCUACCCACAAAUUGCUCACACUCAUAACAGGGUAGGCUGACAUAAAAGUACUUGCAGGGUAAUCAAAAUAAAUAAUAUACAAUUAUAAAAACAAAUAUUUAACCUCUCUCUACUGCAUCCAAGUUCUUUUGCUUCACUCCUCUCAAGCUAACUUACUCUUGUGCCUUAUUU